AUGGACUGCUUGGCCUCUGCGGUCUCCACCGGUUCGAUCGGCGGCUUGCCUGCGAUCGGCGGCUUGCCUGACCUCGACUUGAACAUGAUCGUGGAUGAUCUGCGCUCCACCAUGGAGGAUGACUUCCCUCCCUUCGCUGCCAGUAUGGACAGCAAUGCCUUUGCGACCCUCGUCAAUCUCAACCUGGACUUGGAUCUGGGCGAUCUGAUCAACAUGCCCGUGACCACCCUUCCACCACAACCCGGCCCCACCGCCGCGAGCAGCGCCACCAGCAGCUUUAACUCACGCACCAACUCCCCCGACUGCCACUCCCAUGUGAACCCACCUUCGGUUCCCAUCUUCCCGCCCUCAAGUAUCUUCCACAGCUUGAUUCAGGAUCCAGCUCAAUACCUCUCAGCCGCGGCUCAAGUGAGCCCACUGGGUGCCUUGAUGGAUCAACGCGACAGCGUCUUUUCCUCCAUGUACGACACCCCGUCCUCCACAACCCAUGCUCCGGGCUUGCAGCUCGAAGCAACCGCUUCCUCUCCCAUCCACAUUUGCAACGCCGUCUCGCCCAUCGAAGCCACCGCUGAGAGCUCCUCGUUCUCCAACUACCAAGCGCUUCAGAACCCAACCGCAAGUCCCGCAUCUGCAUCAGGCAUGAUCCCUGCUAGCACCGAUCAAGGCGAGUCCCAGAGCAAAGCCAAGAGCAAGGGCAAGGGCAAAGGCAAGGGCAAGGGCAAGGGCAGAGGCAGUGUCAAGCCCAAGGUUGAAACGGCCACAAAGACCUCCAACUGCACCAACGGCAUCAUCUGUCCCGUUUGCAAGGGGCCCGGUCGUAAUAGCGAUCUGCGCAUCUGUGGCACCUGUUACUCGGGCUUGUGGAAUGAUAUCGCCAAAGCCAUUCGCGUCAAGCACCAGUUGUGCAUGACUUCGAACCUGCAAACGAACCUCGAAACUAUUCGCACUGCGCUGCAAACCAUUCCUCGUGGCUGCCAGAACAAGCACAUGUGUGGUCCAGAAAAGUUCUUGGCAUCCCUCUCCCCUCAAGAAAAGUGCACGCGGUGUCGAUCCAUCUACACGCUCACCUUUGCCCCGCGCUUGGCCGUGGAGAUCGUGAACAAUGGCACGUCGCGCCAAAAACAGGGCGAGGCCAAGCCCAUGGGCAAGAAGUCAACCAGCAAAAAGUCUUUGGCAAAGAACCCAGCCAAUGAUGUGGCUCAACCUGCCGCCAAGCGCAGCAAGAUGGCCUCGACUCUGGCAACUCUUGCCUAA